AUGCAGCAGAAUGUCGCUGCAGCGGGUUCCAAUCAUAUUGCCCGUGUUCAGUUUCCGGAAGAAUUACCAGCUGCAGAUAUCCAGCGGCCACCGUCCGCCAGACCGAUCCCCCGCGUCGGCAGUCAGAACAAAGUGCCGACGAUGAGCAUGCCCGUGAGCCGACAUACAGGGAGUAUGGGUUCUGGAGAAGAUCUAGGACGCACACGGACGCCUUCUUUCAACAGCCCACACCGUUCAGAGCUCGGGCUAGGCUAUCCGAGCGCGGCCAUCAACCCGUCGAGGAGACGGAGCUCAGCCCAGCAGGUUCAUCGUAAAAAGGACUCUACAGAGAUUUACGACGCGUCGAGAUAUGACCUAGACGACGCAGCCGAACAAUACCGGAACCCAAACGAAGGUAAUGCACAAAGGCUCGUGAUUCAUGCAAUCCUUGUGCUUACGCUCUCUUCGCAGGAACGUUUGAACAGAAUAGCCCUUCGAAAGCGACGAAGAAAGGAAUCACAUAAGAGUGUCGAAAGGACCGCUUUUGCUGGCCAUGGACAUCCUAGCUCGCCACCGCGAGACCAGCCGCCAAAUAUACUCACCAGUCCGCCUUUGCGCGCGCUUCGAGCUGGGCUGAGCCCCCAAGAUUCGGCAGGACCCAGCUCGGAUGUCACGGCACUCGAUCCACCGAGUCUGGAUAUCACCAGUCCCCAGAGUACUACUCUUCGCUCCGACUCGCCAGCUUCCUCUUUAGGCCAGGGUCCUCUAAAUGGCACUCGUCAUAGCGAUCAGUCUCAUGAAGAAAAGUUGAUGGACUUUUUGAAAGGCGGAAGAAAUAAGAACAAGAUUGUUUUGACAGAGGAACAACGGCAAUUCGAGGAGCUCAGGAUGGAAGAAAAUAUCGCUCGCUAUAGGGAGACUGCCAAGCCUGGAACCUGGGAGAGGACUCGGACCGCUGCUGACCAGCUACAACGUCGUUAUGCUCUGAUAUAUCCGUCGCUCGAGCCAGGCUCGAAGCCGUUUAACCUCAUGGACGUGAUGCGCUGGAGACGGAAUCAAUUUGAGGAGAGUCUCAAUCUUCAGCUCCCCCAACAAGCUCGAGACCGCGAGCAUGAGGAGAUCGAGAGACGAGCCCUGUCUUGGAGACCUCAUCUCUCGGAGCUACACAACCCCCGGGGCACGCGCUAUAGGAGCAGGAUAUACGCUCCGUGGCAUCUAACGGCGUUGAUAAUGGAACAAUAUCAGGAGUCUCUGAAGCCACGCGAACCACCUAUGGAUGGUACCUCUCCCACAAGCUCACCAGGUGGAGGAUCUGGCUCUGGUCGUGAUAAGCAUCUUCUAGCUCCUGGCGAACAACCUCGCGACGGUUCAUUUGAAUACGACUCGAAUCAAAGCGGCGGCGAUCCGCUCGUAUCGAGGAGCUUCAACAGCCUUCGCCGCCUCCGAAACUCGCUCUCUGGUGUAUCCAAGUCGGUGGACCUAUCGAUGAAACGGUCAAAUCAUCAAACCAAGGGGAGCAUCUCAAGCUUGAACUUGUUUGCAACCUCGGGUUCCCCUUCUACCAGCCGCGCGCAUGUAAACCGAUUCAUGGCAUUCACGCCGUCGAAAUCACUGGGAGAACACAGCGACGAGGGUUACGAUUCUGCACGUGGUUCAUUUUCCACCCCGGAAAAGAGUGGAGUCGCGCCUUCUCGUGGUAGCCGACGCGAGAAGGUGGCCCUAUUAUCAACACCGGAGAGGGACCAUCUAGCACUUCAUUCUUCGGAGGAAGAUCGAAGCCAGAGGUCUUCGGAUGAAGGAAAGGCGGACCGAAAGGGCAAGCUCAGGAUACCCUAUAUUCCACAAAUUGGCCGUCCCUUGCUCGGACGCGAUGACACUGUUCUGCCUCCGGGAUCAGCACCAGUCAUACUCAGAAACGAUGAGAGAGCCUGGGAUCAGGAGCUUGAAAACAUGUCUACCACCCCCGAUCCUGGGAUCCGUACUCGAUUGUACAGCCGACCUCGUGGAUUUUCACGAAGUCAAGAGGCAAGAGCGGAACGAAGGAGGAGUCGAGACGAGAAAGAGAUGGAAGCCGAAUAUGAGAAUCGAGAAGAGGAGUGCGAUCAACUCGAAGAUCUCAUCAAGAAAAUGAAUCAAGAGCAAUAUCAACUUCUUCAGACUGGUCGAGAGUACCUUCGGCAAUCAGCACGCAUAAAGGAGAUGUUCGGACUCAAAGAUUUUAGACUCCUGAUGGAGGAGGACAUGAGAACGCUAGCAAAUCCAACCACCAGAUCACAAACCCGUUUGGAAGCUGAAGCGAGGGAGGAGGACUUUGUCCCGAGUAUGCUGCGGUCAGAAAGAGAGGCCGAACGGCUCUAUGAGCAAAUCAUUCACGGAGCAUUUGCGCCACCACCAGGGCUCAGAGCAUAUUUCCCCAACGACGACGAUCUCCGGUCAGACUUUAAGCGGCUCGAGACCAUUGGGUGGGAUUUGGAUUACGUCUCUCGUGUUGCAAUGAAGAACAGGGACAAGAGUCUUCAGUUUGAAGGCGCUCUCGCCUCCCUUCGAGCGUCGUUGGGCAGAGCAGUCUCGCACUCGUCCCAAGUGUAUCGGGAGAUUCUGGCAUUGGAGACUCUUGUCGCGGCCUCUCGGCCGGUUCCGACUUGGAAACGGAUCAGCAAUCGCGUCAAACCUCUGCUCUCCUGGGCCAUUGCCGCGCUGACGUGGGUCCUUUGGUUUCUAGGCGAGCUCGGUUUUGUGAUCGGACUGUUGCUACCUCGCUUCCUCAAAGACUUGUUCGGCUGGGAAAUGCUCCAAGGUUCCUGGCCUGGAUUCGUGUUUCUUCUACACUUGCCAUUCCUUCAAUAUCUUCGUAGGACUAUUGGGCUCUCCUGGUCCUUUGAAGAGGAUGCUUGGAAUCGGGGGUGGUUGUGGGGAGCGCUACUACAAAUUCUGCUCAUCUACAUCACCUACCGGUUGUAUGUGAUGAUCAAAUGGUACACACAAGAGCUUCGGCACCAUGUUCUGACAGACUGGUUCGAACAUGCGAAUACUGUGACGAUUUGGCUGCUAGUUGUCAAGAUACUCCUUCAGCAACUCAGAAUGGAACAGAAUGCCUGUUCCUGCACGGAGCGCUUUCGAGUCAACUUGGACCGAUGUAUAAGAGGAUAUACGUGUGCAUGGGAUGGUGUUUCAACGGGUGGAUCCUGCACAGAUGUCUAUUGUCCCGGUUCUGGCAUGGACGCAUUUGUUGCACAGUGCGGACUAGGGUCAAUCCCAAGUGGCGUCAAUAGCAAUACAAUGGCUCCCAGUAGCAUCAGUCCGACUCCGCGACCGCAAACGGUCACUCUCAAUUCGUCGAUCACCACCAGCUCGACGCAGACUGCAAACUCGACCACGAUUACCGGGACAGGCACGAGCAGUCCGAAUACAGGGGGAGCCUCGUCGCUCCGUUACAAACAGUGGAUUGCUAUCUGGUUGACGCAAGUCUAUGUGUAUGUUUCUCGAGUGUUUCUGUCAUCCCACGUGAGAGAAAGUGUUACCGUCGAAUUCUCACCAGAUGGCUCACGAAUCGCCUCUGGUUCAUUCGAUGGGACGGUGCGAUUAUGGGAAGGAACCACCGGUCAGCCAUUGGGGCUUCCGCCUAGAGCCCAUGAAGAGACAAUUCGCCUGUGGGAGGCAGAUACGGGUCAACCAUUGGGAGAGCCGCUCCUGGGUCACGCAGGCUCCGUGAGAGCUGUGGGAUUCUCACCAGACGGCUCACGACUUGUCUCUGGCUCAUUCGACAUGACAAUUCGAUUAUGGCUGGAUUGGGUGAAAGCCGUCGGAUUCUCGCCAGACGGUUCACAGAUCGUCUCUGGCUCAAGUGACAAUACAAUCCGACUGUGGAAUGCAGACACCAGGCAGCCGCUGGGAGAGCCACUCCGUGGUCACGCAGGUUGGGUCAAUGCUGUCGUAUUGUCGCCAGACGGCUCACGAGUCGUCUCUGGCUCGGACGACAAGAUGAUCUAG